AUCUAAACUGUUUUUAAUAAUUUUCCCUCCAAUGGUCUUUUCGAUUAUAAUUAUCUCUUUCAUCUGCAGGGUUCACUCUCAUCAUAAUAGUAGUCUAUUACUACCUCUAAAUCAUCCAUGGAACCCAACCCUACUCAUGAUCAGCCAAAGUACAAAGGAGUUCGGUUGAGAAAAUGGGGGAAAUGGGUUUCUGAAGUCAGAUUGCCUAACAGCCGCGACAGGAUUUGGUUGGGCUCAUACGAUUCUGCUGAGAAAGCCGCAAGGGCUUUUGAUGCUGCACAGUUCUGCCUCCGCGGGCCGAAAGCUAAGUUUAAUUUCCCUGAUAGUCCACCGGAUAUAUCCGGUGGACAAAGGCUUUCCCCCGCGGAGAUACAGGCUGUAGCAGCUAGAUUUGCGAAUGAUUACUCGCCGUCAGUGGUACAGGAGAUACAGCGUGAUGGUCAUGAGGGCAAUAUUGGAAAUAUUAAUUCACACGUGAUAAAUAUGGAAAAAGAUGAGAUUUCGCUAUCAACAACUAGUAGUUGUGAUGUACCACCACCUAUGGUGGUCCAAAUGGGCACUAGUACUGUUGCUGAAAUGGACUGGGCUUUUUAUAAUGAUAUGAUGGAAAAUUAUCCAUAUAAUGCAAGUGGGCCUCCAACUGAAUUUUUUUGUGAUCCAUAUUAUUCCGGAGCAGGAACAGGAGCAGGAGCAGGAGCAGGAGCAGGAGGAGUACUCGAUAUUAAUUUAUCAAGUAAUCUCUACUCACCACCACAUUUUCCGCAGAGAACAACUCCUAAUUAUGACGAUGAUGAUACUGGCAAUGGUGGCGAUGAACAUUAUUCUCAACAAUCCUUCCUCUGGAACUUUUAACUAAAACUCAAUAUAUACUAGUACUAAAUUGGUUAAUUAACCAGCAGCAUAUUGGUAUAUAUUAUGCUAGCUGAGUUUUGUCCAAUACGGUACGUAGUUAUCCUUUCCGGUUUUCUUAUAGUAAUUGUUUUUGCCGGAAAAAAGAUAUAUAGUAUAUAUAUAAGCCAGCAAUGAUGAGCAGUUCUACAUCAGUAAUGUCUUAUUAGUUAAUGAAUAAGUUGUUGUUUUUACUUUAAGAGGGAUUUACAUAUAUGAUGAUCUUAAGAAGGUUUCAUUGAUGAUG